AUGGCAGAGGGAGGGGAUGAAGGUCUCCAGAAUAGGAAUACUUUAGUGAAGUACAACAAUCCCGUUCUGGUGGUGACACAUGCAGAGAAACGUCCAGCAACAGCGGGGCCUCUUGGGAGUCCCACAAGUGCUGAAUUGUCACCAAGGAGUAAGACGUCGCCGGGAAUAAUUGCUCCAGGUGUGUCGGAGAGUCGCAAGGAAGCAGAGGAGAUUCUCAAUUCAGUCCUACCACCGAAAUGUUGGGAGGAAGAUGGUCAAAUGUGGAUGCAAACAGUGUCCAGCACACCGGCUACACGACAGGAUGUGAUAAAUUUGCAAGAGAUGCUGGAUACGCGACUGCAGCAGACGCAGGCACGUGAGACGGGAAUCUGUCCAGUACGGCGGGAGCUCUACAUGCAGUGCUUCGAUGAAUUGAUUCGCCAAGUGACGAUUAAUUGCACCGAACGAGGACUUCUCCUGCUUCGUGUUCGCGAUGAGAUUGCCAUGUCAAUGGAAGCCUACGAGACGCUCUACUGCAGUUCUGUGGCCUUUGGCAUGCGGAAAGCUCUCCAAGCGCAAGAGGGGAAGGAAAGUCUACAAUCCCUCGUCACUGUGCUCCAGGCGGAAAAGAAGGUCCUGGAGAAUACGAUUAGUGAUAUGAAGAUCAGAGCGGAUCAAGUUGAGAGGCGUAAUGCCGAAUUGAGAGCAUCUGAAGAGAAGAAGCACGCAGAGGAGAUUGCCUUCCUGAAGAAGACCAGCGCACAGCUCAAGGCACAACUUGAAGGGAUUAUUGCUCCAAAGAAAUAAGGAAAGGAAAGAACAAGAGUUUCUUAAAGAAUAAAAUAUGGUAAGUUUCCCUCCGAAGUUUAUGGAUCGAAUUAUGUUCAAAUUGAAAUAAAUUUAAUUAAAGACUCAUUUUUU